AUGGCCACCAUCAAAGUCUAUGGAAACACCGUUUCCACUGCUGCAAUGCGAGUUUUUGCUGCCCUUUAUGAGAAAGACAUCGAGUUCGACUUUGUUCCGGUUGACAUGAGAGCUGGGGAACAUAAAAAGGAGCCCAUCAUUUCCCUCAACCCAUUUGGUCAAAUUCCAGCUUUUGAAGAUGGAGAUCUUAAGCUCUUUGAAUCAAGGGCAAUUACACAAUACAUUGCCCACGAGUAUUUCGACAAGGGAACCCAGCUGGUGAUCCGAGACUCAAAGAAGAUGGCAAUUCUAUCAGUGUGGACGGAGGUGGAGGGUCAAAAGUUCGACCCAGCAGCCUCAAAACUGACCUGGGAGCUAGGCAUAAAGCCGCUGUUUGGCAUGCCCACAGACUCGGCAGUUGUGGAGGAAUAUGAAGCCAAGUUGGCUGCGGUUCUUGAUGUUUAUGAGGCUCGUCUGGCUCAGUCGAAAUACUUGGGAGGUGACAGCUUCACCUUGGCAGAUCUUCACCACCUUCCAACCAUAAAUUACUUGAUGGGAACACAAUCGAAGAAGCUGUUCGAAUCGCGGCCCCAUGUUAGCGCAUGGGUAGCUGAUAUCACUGCAAGGCCAGCUUGGAAUAAGGUGAUUGCCAUGCGAAGCUAG